UCAUGCGAAUCGCAGCUUAAAGCUUAGCUGUGAUGGAGGCUGACGAGGAAGGCAGUUUACCUGCGGAAAAUGAGUCAUGGACUGAAGCUCACCAAGCAAAAUUAGAGCCUUCGAAAUCAAAUCCAGAACUGUCCAAAGGAAAGGCCCCCGAAUCUUCUCAUCCCAUUGAUAAGGGUAUCUCAUCUGAACAGGUAUCACACAAACUCGGUGGAUUACGCCUUGCAAGAGAAGCACUAGAGAUUAUGCGAAAAGCUGAGUUUUUGAUACGGAAGAAGGACUUGUUCCACCUUGUCUUAUCAUACCCUAUCACAGAUUCUACCAAGUAUUAUGGGGACCUUAGUCUUCAAAACAACUGUUUCUCCAAAAUGAACCAACUCGUCAGAGAAUUGAAGGCUUUGGAAUCAGAGAUCAAUAAUGGAAAAUACUUAAAUGAAUUUGGUGGGUUGGCCAAUAAGGGAGUACAAAUGGAGCAAUUAGAUAGGUUGAUGAACGAGAUUGCGCACAAUCUUCAGGCAGCUGAAAACAUAGUGGCCAAGUAUGAUUUUGAUCUAGUAGCUUAUAUACCUCAAGCAUAUUUUGUACGUUCACACAAGGGGGGCGAGUUUGGGCUAACUCAUAAAACCAGUGCUGCAUGUGAAGCCCCAGACGAAAUGGUGACUUUGGCCAUCAAUUCUGCUAUUAGGCAGGUUUCGGCAUAUGUUAAGGCAGAAACUUUUAAAAAAAUCGGGAUUUCAGGGAGCGGAGGGGAGGAAGUAGCCAGAGCAGUCAUGGAUAUAGCAAGGAUGAGACAGAAUGGCAGUGUUGUCCUCUGCAUCUCUGUCUGUGGACAUGACUGUGACAAAGAGGUAAGGCAGAAAAUCGCGGAGCAGAUUCACGUACUUCAACAAAUUGAUCACAUCUUCAGUUUAUCGCUAGAUCAGUUACUACCUCACAACUUCUUCCUGCUCGUGGAAUGUGUCGAUGGACAGAUGGAUCUACAUGACUUAAGACUCCCUGAUCAUGGAGUCGUAGUACUUACGACUCAAUCACAAGAGGCUUAUAAGAUCAUGGAUGUGGAUGUGGAGGUCAGAAUGGAGGACCAUCUGUUACCAUGGGACCUAUUCUGUGAGCGAUCACUUGUUGAUACCUCUUCAGCUCUCCAACAAAUGGCCCUCCAGUUGGUAAAAGAGUGCCAUUGCCACCUACUUGCCGUCAUUCUUCUUGCUAGAGCCUUGAAAGAUGUGACUGAUAUCAGUGUUUGGGCACUUGCGCUACAGAAAUUAUCAUCAUACUUGUUUGCGAUGGAAGAAGGGUCGAGCCAAGUCAUGAAACAUGUGUUGAAACUCAUAUGGGAUCAGAAGGAUCUAACGACAAAAUAUUGCAUUCAGUACUGCACAAGUCGUCGUUGGAAACAGGGACGGGGUUCACCAGUAUCAGAAUGGGUCUCAAGUUACUUAGUCGAAACAACAGAAGAAGGGGAAGUCAUUUUGAAGGAUCUUAUCGGUUCCUUCUUGCUAGAGAAAUUUGGCCCCCGUUUUUUUAUGCGGAAAGAAACUAAAGUUGUGCUGAAUGAGUAUUUUACAUCCUAUCUGCCUAGUCCUUCGAUAAGGCGAGGGGGGUUAGGAUUGAUCAAGACACCAACCGUUGGAAAUUAUACCAAGGAGAUUGAGUUGCACGACAAUAAAUUAUCUGAGCUACCAGAGAACCCUAAGUGCCAGACUCUCAGAAAACUAUGGUUACAAAACAACUGCGAUCUGAUGGAAAUACCUCUACUGUUCUUUGAAGACAUGCCUCUUCUAGUCCAUUUAGAUUUAUCCCACACCAACAUAAAGUCCUUGCCACCUUCUAUUUCCAGAUUGCUGUCCCUUCAGGAGUUCUAUUUGAGAGGCUGUGAACUUCUCAAUGAGCUGCCACCCCAUAUUGGAGCACUCCGGAAACUUGAGGUUUUUGAUCUCGAAGGAACUGAAAUUAUGUAUUUGCCCAGCGAAAUCGGUGAAUUAAUCAGUUUGAGACGGUUCAAGGUAUCUCUUUGUAGACGUGCAAACUACUAUGGAGAAACAAAGCAGACAGGCAUUGCAAUCCAGACAGAGGUGAUGUCAUUAUUCCCUCAUUUGGAAGAACUAAGCAUUGAUGUGAGCCCAGAUGGUGAGUGGUGGGAUGACGAUGUAAACCCAGAUAGUGAAUGGUGGGAUGCUAAUGUGAAGGCUAUAAUAAAUGCACUGAGUAGCUCAAAUGAGCUGAGAAUCCUCAAGUUAUAUCUCCCAUCAGUUGAAUUAUUGCAGCAACUUAGAUAUGAGCACAAAAAAAUCGUGUUUCCGAAUUUAUCUGAUUUUAGAUUCAUUGUUGGUCAUCGUCAACAGCGCAAUAUAUAUCGUCUGCCAAAUGGAGUUGAGGAGAGAUACUAUAAAUGGGAGGAGAAAUUUAAGAAAAGCCUUAAGUACAUAAAUGGUGAAGGCAUGCCAAGUGGUGUUACUGAGGCACUCAAGCAUGCUUCUGUGCUUUUCCUGGACCGGCAUUGGACUGUCAAGGUCUUGUCUGAAUUUGGGCAUGAAAAUUUGGCUAAACUUAGAAGUUGCUUGCUUGUGGAAUGUAAUGAGCUUCAAACCAUAGUUGAUGGAGACUAUGAAUGUCCGAAUGAAUCUAUAUUUAACUGCUUACACCACUUGAGUAUUCACUACAUGAAGAACUUAGAGAGCAUUUGGCAAGGCUCGAUUCCUAAGGAUUCGCAAUUCAGUCUAAGGUCCUUGACAUUGCACACUUGCCCGAAGUUGACCACCAUUUUCACGCCAGAUAUGCUUCGUAACCUCUUUUGCUUGGAAGAGCUUAUAGUGGAAGACUGCCCCAAAAUUUGCAGUAUUGUGACUCAAGAAGAUGCCAACGUGCAAUUGGGUUGUUUUUUGAAACGCUUGAGGAAGAUUGCACUCCUUGACCUACCUCAAUUGGUUACCAUUUCACGCCCUCUAUGCCUUGCUGAAGAAGUGGACAGUCUUUUCAUUUAUAAUUGCCCGAUGCUCAAAAGUUUGGAUACCGCAGGAACAAUAUUUCCAAAAUACUGCAAGAUCGUAGGAGAGAAGGAAUGGUGGGACUCAUUAAAGUGGCAUGAUUCCAAAUGGAGCAGAAUGACUCAGCCAGCAUUUGAGGAACUUAGAACAGAUGAAGAUUUCAUGGAUCAAUUGGUAAGAGAUAUAUACUCGCCAAUGGACUUUGAUGCCGAAUGGAGCAGAAUGACUCAGCCAGCAUUUGAGGUACUUAGAACAGAUGAAGAUUUCAUGGAUCAAUUGGUAAGAGAAAUAUACUCGCCAAUGGACUUUAACUUCGAUAAGCCAGGUGGUGGUGGUGAAUUGAAGCAGAAGGCCAUGAUCAAGGACAAGGUGAAGAAGGGGGCCACGGCACUGGGUGAUGAUGUGGACAGCGACAACAAAUUAGCUAAUAUGGCCUCCGAGGAUGAUGAGAAGAAGAUAGGCAGUGGCAAUGGUGGAAAUGGAAAGAAAAGUUCUAAUUACAGUGGAGGAAGGGGUUUGAUGAAUAUUUGCCAGGUGGAGGGGUGCACGGCAGAUAUGAGUUAUGCAAAGCCGUACCAUAGGCGGCACAAGGUUUGUGAGCACCACGCCAAGGCCCAAGUUGUGGUGGUUGCCGGAAUCCACAAGAGGUUUUGCCAAGAAUGUAGCAGAUUCCAUGAGCUAUUGGAAUUCGAUAAUUCCAAACGAAGCUGCCGCCGGCGGUUGGCCUGGCACAACAAACGCAAAUGCCGAAGUAUGGACACGGCCAACAACUGUGAUGAUAAAGAUUCCAUGAGCUAUCGGAAUUCGAUGAUUCCAGAAGAAGCUACCGCUGGCGGUUGGCCGGGCACAACGAACGCCAACGCCAAAGGAAGAGCACAGCUGACCCAACCGGAGAAAGCUCGAGCCAAAGAGGGACAGCUGGCGGCACGCAAUUGAUGGAAAUUGUGUGUGGUGGGUAGGUUGAUGACAGUGGAAGGAUCCAGGUUUCCAUGGGCCAAGAAAAUGGCAAUGACAGUUGUACAUAUCAGGAGUGAAGCUGUUCUGCCUGUCAUAGUUGUUGCUUCUAGACUCUAGUUGAUAUAUUCAUAGCUUAGUGUUUUGUUUUUGUUUUGGAUUGAGUAUAUGUAUCUUGUUUUUGCAUUGAUCUGUAUUUCGGGCUAUACUUCUCCAAAUCAUCUCCUUUGAUGCGUGUCCUGUUUGCCUUGCCUUUGUAGCAUGUUUUCUUUUGGUUGAACCCUUCCGGACAG